AUGACGGAGAAAGUCAGAAACGAUCACGUGGCUCCAAUCUUCAUCAUCAACCUUCUGAUUUCUGACCUCAUUCAACUCUGCUGCAUGAUCGUUGAAGUGGUACGACCUGAGGAUUUCAUGAUCAGAAGUCUCAAUGUCAAUAUUUACAUUUUUGGUCUGAUGGCGAGUGUUGGCUUCAUGGUGUGUGUCGCCCUGGAAAGGUAUCUGGUCAUCGCCUGGCCACUGUGGUACCACUUCAGACGAACCAUCAAGGCCUCUGUAGUGGUCUGUGUCGUGGUCUGGACCCUUCCUCUUUUGAUUUUUCUCUUUGCAUUUCUUGUUCGUUUUCAUUUCAUGCUCAUACCCUUUGCAGUCUUCUUCCUACUUCCCCUCCCUCUGUUCAUAUUCUUCCUGGGUGGGACCGUUAAAGCCCUGUCUGCAGCCAUUAGUGUCCCUGCUGAUGAAAAACGAAGAAUUGUUGCAGUUUUGAUUCUGGUUCUACUUAUUUACACACUGUUGUUCCUGCCCACCAUCAUUUGGUUCAUGUUAAAAAGCGUCAAAAAUAACAUUACAUUUAGACAUGUGUCCUACACUUUCAUAAGGUUCAGUCCUCUUGCAGACGUGUUCCUGUAUGUUUUCAGUAGGAAAGGAGCUGUAGACAAGCUGUUGGCCUCUCUGUGUCGUUGCAGGAUGGACAGUGAUGAUAGAAACAGAUCAACAACAUGAAUGAUGACAACUUAUACACAUUUGUUCCAUGUAGUCAGAAAAAGAGAGAAAAACAGAAGAAGAAAUGUAGGAAAUAUAGACAAGACAGAUACUGUCGUCUUCUCACAUGAUUUCCUACAAGACAUCUAACUGUACUUGCUCACUUCUCACUUGCUGCGGUGCACUGUGAAAGCUUCAAGACAUGUACAUAAAAUGUUCUAUACAAAGUUCAUGUUUAUCAUUAUUACACUUUAAUCACAAAAACAAACCUUAUAUUAUUUUAGGAUAAUCAGCAGCAUGAUCACUCUGCCAGUAUAACCACAUCUCUCUCAUUCUUAGAUCUUUAUUUGGUCUGUUUUCUGCAAGUUUUACUUUUUUCUGGUUAUAAAUAGUGUCUAACCACAAUUGUAUUUUUUUUUCUUGUUGUUUGUUGUUGUAAACCAUUCUAAUAAAGUAAAUCCUGCUUGUUUACCUUUAUUCAAUGUCAGUUUUCUGUUUACAACACAUAUAGUAAAUUGUUUUGCAGGUCUCACAG